AAUGUGAAAUUUCUCGUAGCAACGCUUACGUUUGAUGAAGAGCCCGUCUAAAAUUCUUCAAAUAUCUAUCCUGGGCAUCAAUCAUUUUGCCAGGAGUCGAGGCUUUCAAUCCCAAAUCCUCCACCGAGCUUCAUUAGUGAACAAAUUUUGGGGCUAAAUCUUGGGAUUCGUAUGGAGAACCUUCCUGAUUCACUAAUUACAGAGAUUUUAAAGCGAAUCGAUAAAACAUCAGAUAGAAAUGCAUUGUCCACGGUUUCGCGCCGCCUAUGCAGCGUUGAAGCUGAGCAGAGAGACUUCUUGAGGGUUGGUUGUGGAUUGCAUCCUGCAACUGAUGCAUUAACUUCUCUAUGCCUUCGAUUUCAAAACUUAACAAGAGUAGAGAUAGUUUACUCUGGUUGGAUGUCGAACAUGGGAAAGCAACUAAACAAUCAGGGCCUUAUUGUGCUCUCUUCACACUGCCCUAAGCUUGUUGAUCUCACGUUGAGCUUUUGUUCCUUCAUCGGUGAUAUCGGUCUUGGCCAUUUAGCUCUUUGUGAAGGCCUUGCAUCUCUUAAACUGAACUUCCUACCGGGAAUUAGCUCAAACGGGCUUCUCUCCGUCGUUACUGGUUGCAAGAAAAUUUUGAGUCUACAUCUAAAUCGAUGCAUGAAGGUUAGCAGUGUAGAGUGGCUAGAGUACAUCGGAAAUCAUGGAAACCUAGAAUCUCUCUCUAUAAAGAACUGUAGAGGUCUCGGGCAGGACGAUCUUGUAAUGUUGGGGCCUGGAUGGCAAAAAUUGAAGCGUUUGGAGUUUGAGUUAGAUGCAAAUUAUCGGUAUUGGAAGGUUUAUAGUGAGUGGGCAGUGAGUAAGUGGAAGAGUUUUGGGUUUUGUUGUGAAAAUUUGAUGGAGCUUAUAUUGGCAAAUUGUAACUUAGAUUCUAUAAGACCGCUUUCUCAUGUCUUAGGAAUGUGUGGCGAACUGCAAAAUCUCUCAUUAGAUGUGUGUAUCGGGCUUGAAGAUAGCCACAUGAUGGCAUUAUCGCAGAAAUCUUUUAAACUUAGAAAGUUAUCGUUGAAUUUAUCUCCGAGAUUUAUGUUUUCAAUGGAGGAAACUUGUAGAUUGACUGAUAAGGGUCUAAAGGAAUUAGCUCGUGGUUGUCCCAUGCUCGAAGAAUUUGAAUUAUAUUUCACGGAUUGCAAAUUUCCAUCCUUGAAUUGUUUCACUCAAGAUGGCAUCCUCAAACUGGUUCAAGGUUGCCCGAUUCGCAUAUUGACCCUAAAUAGUGCUUGUUUCUUUAAUGAUACUGGGAUGGAUGCUCUAUGUUCUGCCCAUUUCUUAGAGGUGUUAGAGAUUGUGAAAUGUCAGGACGUUACUGAUCAAGGGAUUCAGAAAGUUUUGAGCUUUCCUUCAUUGAAGAGACUGAAGAUUUCGAAAUGUUUGGGGGUGAGUGAUGCUGGGCUUAAGCCACUUGUGGGAACAGGGAAGUUGGAAUCUUUGAUUGUUGAAGACUGUCUUUUGAUUUCGGAGAAUGGUGUACAAAAUGCUGCAAGAUAUGUUUCAUAUAGGCAAGACCUAUCAUGGAUGUACUGAAUGAUUUCCUCUGUUCAUGUGCUCAUUACUGAUUGUUGCACAUUCAAGUUUGAACACAAUCACAAGUUCUUAUUUUGAAUCAAAAUGUGCCUUGAGGGAAAGGAGAAUGAAAAGGGAAAUGCUACAACAUCUGGGCCCUGUAGAUAAUGGUUGAAUGUGGGAGAAUUUGUUGAUAAAAUGUUCGGAUUCAGCUUGGAUAUGAACCAGAAGCCAUGUGAAUCUUCAGCAAUGUAAGUUUUUAACUCUUAUGCUUGUAUGUUUUAUUAGGUGAUCAGAUUUUCUCUCUAGUUGUGAAUAAGAAAAUGUUGAAGCGUAUAUGUCUUAGUUUGUGUUGAUGAUAACUAUCUGAAUGAAUGAAAUCGUGAACAUGGGAUAAGUAUUCAUCGAAAGUUCGAUUACAUA